AUGGCCAACGAAACCCAAGGUUCGCAGCGCCGACGCAACAACAAAAAGGCUGCUCAGGCUGCUGCCCAGGCUGCCCAGGCCGCUCAAGCCGCUCAAGCCGCCCAGGCUGCUCAGGCUGCCCAAGCCGUGGCCCAGGCGGCCCAAGCUGCCCAAGCUGCUCAAGCGGCCCAAGCCGCUCACGCCGCCCAUGCCGCCCAGAUCGUCCAGAUGGCCCAAGUUGCUCCUGCCCUCAAUCUGGUUGUACCUUCCCCCAAAUCCCUUGACAGUAGAGGCAAGACCCAGACCAAAGGCCGCUCCAGGCAGAUCUCUGGCGGCAUCAUCACCCACCCCGAUCUGUUUCCUGCCGAGCAGGCUCUCCUCCUUGCUUCCAACAUGGACUUGUCGGUGCUCAGCGCCGUCGGGCUCCAGCCCCCAGUGCCGGACCCUGAAUCCGAGAAGCUCCGAGCCCGCCGCGAGGCCAACCGUCUGCGCGAGGCACUGCGCCGAGCCCAGCAGACCCCAGAGGAGGCCGAGAAGAGACGGGAGGCCAAUCGCCUGCGCCAGGCCCGUCGAAGAGCCGAGCUUACCCCCGAAGAGACCGAGCGCUACCGAGAAGCCAACCGGCUCCGACAGUCGGCCCGGAGGCAACGGCUCCUACUUCUGAAAGAAACCGCAUCCGACCAGGCUGUUCAUUCGUGA